GGAAUGGGUAGGAUGUUCCAGGCUUCUAGGGUAGAGGUGCAAAACUAAACUUGGUGCUGUGGGAAGUGCUUCCUGGAAUUGAGUGUUAAGGAUUGGUAGGCACUAGGUCGUCAGAGAGGAAGGUUUGUUUAGGAGUGAUGGGCAGUUGACUAUGACUGGCUUCCUUGUUAUAUUUCACGAUGUGACUGGAGAUAGAAGCAGGAAUAGGAUCACGUAAGACUUAUGCUUAUAGUAGGGAGGUUGAACUUCAUUCUGAUAAGGAAAGCUAUUGAAUGAUUUUCUGUGGUAAAAUUAUAUGAUAAAAUUAUGAUCAGUGUUUUAGAGGAUACCAGGUUGAAUGGUAAACCACCAGUUAAGAGAUGGCUUGUUGCAUUAUUUCAGAGGGAAGAAGGUAAAGGUACAACUAAGAUAGUGGCACUGGGUAUGAAGAGGUGGAUGUAUCUAAAUUUAGAUUUCUCGAGGGAGGAAAUGCAGUAGUUAGUGGUCAGUUGGAUAGAAAUGUAGAAGGAAACUCGGUAGUCUAGAUUGACCCCCAGGUUUUUGGUUUGGGUAACCAUGUGGCAUGUCAAGCAAUUGACCGAUAAAUAGCAUACAGAAAGAGGAAAGAACUUGGUUUCAUUUGGUUUUGUUUUUUUGUUUUAUUUUGUUUUUUCUUUUGAGGAAAAAGUUGUUUGUUUUCCAACUUUCUGAAUCUGAGGGGCUUGUGGGACAUCUUGGUUAAGAUCCAAUAGCAAUUGACACAGAAGGUCAGAAGUUAAGAGAAGGAUUUGGGAUUUUGGCAUUUGGCAGUUUGGAAGCCAUCGUUUCCUACAGUACCAUAUCAGAUAAUUUUAAGUGGUACGUGGAUAAGUACUUGAAAUUUUUUAAUAGUUAGAGUUUUAUGUGUAUGAAAAACUUGCAUAUUAAACCUAUAUCAUGGAUAUUAUCACUUAGGCCAAGUGGAUACAAUGAAAGGGAAAUGUUAGUAAAAAUACAUGUGAUAUAUGGAAAUGGCAAAAAUCAUGGUGAAGCUAUGCAAAUAAUGAAAGUUCAGAAAGUGCCGUUUUAAGCCAUGGGUGUGGUGGAUAAGGUCACCAAGGAGAGAGUAAGAGUGAGAAGAAAAGAGAGUUGACAUUUGGGUGGCGGGGAAUGGAGAAGAAGAGCCCAUGAAGGAGACUGAGGAAGAGCAGCCAAACGAGUAGGAGGAGAACCAGAAGAUGGUCUUUGGAGUCCAGAUGAAGAGUUCUGAGGAGGAGGAAUUGGUCUACAGCGUCAAGAUUGUGUACCAUGGACGAUUUUACCGAGGGAGAUUUCACUGUGGCGGAUUAUGCGUUGUUGGAAGAUUGCCCUUACGAAGAUGAUUGUGUCUUUGCUCCUGAAUAUACGACCGAUGACUACGUUCGUGUGACUCAGCUUUACUGUGAUGGAGUGGGUAUGAAGUAUAAAGAUUAUGCCCAAAGUGAGAAACAUUUAGAAUUUGACAUCUGCAAUAUAUGGUGUAGUAAACCACUUUCUGUCCUGCAAGAUUACUGUGAUGCCAUUAAAAUAUAUAUCUUCUGGCCACUUCUUUUUCAACAUCAGCACAGUUCUGUAAUAUCACGAUUACAUCCCUGUGUGGAGACCACCAGUUCUCGUGCUUCUGAGAUAAGUUUGAAGAAAUUACAGUAUCUUGAAUUGAUGGAAGAUAUUGUGGAUUUGGCAAAGAAAGUCGCGAAUGAUUCAUUCCUUAUCGAAGGCUUAUUGAGAAUUGGUUAUAAAAUAGAAAAUAAAAUCUUGGCAAUGGAAGAAGCUUUAAACUGGGUAAAAUACACAGGCGAUAUAACAAUUCUACCUAAAUUAGGAUCAAUUGACAAUUGUUGGCCUAUGUUAAGUAUUUUCUUCACUGAAUACAAGUAUCACAUAACUAAAGUUGUAACAGAAAACUGCAAUUUACUUGAAGAAUUUAAAACCCAAAAUUGUGCGGAGUGUAUGGAGCAAGGAGAACUAAUGAAAAUGAAAGGAAAUGAAGAGUUUUCCAAAGAAAGAUUUGAUAUAGCUAUUAUCUAUUACACCAGAGCCAUUGAAUAUAGACCUGAAAACCACCUUCUUUAUGGUAACCGAGCUCUUUGUUUUCUUCGUACUGGACAGUUUAGAAAUGCACUUGGUGAUGGAAAGAGAGCCAUUAUUCUGAAGAGCACUUGGCCAAAGGGUCAUUAUCGUUAUUGUGCUGCUCUUUCUAUGCUGGGGGAAUAUGACUGGGCCCUACAAGCAAACAUAAAAGCUCAAAAACUCUGUAAAAAUGACCCUGAGGGAAUCAAGGAUCUAAUUCAGCAGCAUGUAAAGUUACAAAAACAAAUAGAAGACCUACAAGGUCGAACACCAAAUAAGAAUCCAAUUAAAGCUUUUUAUGAAAGCAGGGCCUAUAUACCUAGGAAUUUAUCAGCACCUGCUUUUAGUACUUCACUUAACUUUGUGGAGACGGAAAGAGAUUUCAGAAAAACUAACCACGAGAUGGCAAACGGUGGUAAUCAGAAUCUAAAGGUGGUAGAUGAGGCUUUGAACGUAGAUGAUUGUGACUGUCAUCCUGAAUUUUUACCACCACCAAGUCAGCCUCCAAAACAUAAAGGAAAACAAAAAUCCCGAAACAAUGAAUCAGAGAAAUUCAGUUCUAGUUCACAGUUGACUUUACCAGUUGAUUUGAAAAACAUCUUGGAGAAACAGUUUUCUAAAUCUUCCAGAGCUGCACACCAGGAUUUUGCUAAUAUAAUGAAAAUGCUGAGAAGCUUAAUUCAAGACGGCUAUACAGCCUUAUUGGAGCAGCGUUGCCGCAGUGCUGCACAGGCCUUUACAGAGUUGCUGAAUGGUUUAGAUCCUCAAAAAAUAAAGCAAUUAAACCUGGCCAUGAUUAACUAUGUAUUAGUAGUAUAUGGACUUGCCAUUUCUCUCCUUGGAAUAGGACAACCUGAGGAAUUAUCUGAAGCUGAAAACCAGUUUAAAAGGAUUAUUGAACACUACCCCAAUGAGGGACUUGAUUGCUUGGCCUAUUGUGGAAUUGGAAAAGUAUAUUUGAAAAAAAACAGAUUUCUGGAAGCUCUCAAUCACUUUGAGAAAGCAAAAACCUUAAUUUGUCGUCUUCCGGGAGUGUUAACUUGGCCCACAAGUAAUGUAAUUAUUGAAGAGUCUCAGCCAGAGAAAAUAAAGGUGCUAUUAGAGAAAUUUGUUGAAGAAUGCAGGUUCCCUCCAGUGCCAGAUGCUAUUUGUUGCUAUCAGAAGUGUCGUGGAUAUUCCAAAAUCCAGAUAUACAUAACUGAUCCAGACUUUAAGGGUUUUAUACGAAUCAGCUGUUGCCAGUACUGUAAAAUAGAAUUUCACAUGAACUGCUGGAAGAAGUUAAAAACAACCACCUUUAAUGAUAAAAUUGACAAGGAUUUUCUGCAAGGAAUCUGUCUUACCCCUGACUGUGAAGGUAUCAUUUCUAAGAUUAUCAUCUUUAGCAGUGGGGGUCAAGUUAAAUGUGAAUUUGAACACAAGGUCAUAAAAGAAAAGGUUCCUCCAAGACCUAUUCUGAAACAGAAAUGUUCUAGCCUAGAGAAGCUAAGACUGAAAGAAGACAAAAAAUUGAAGAGAAAGAUCCAAAAACAAGAAGCAAAAAAAUUAGCACAAGAAAGAAUGGAAGAGGACUUAAGAGAAAGUAAUCCACCCAAAAACGAAGAACAGAAAGAAACUGUAAACAGUGGUCAGAAUUGUCAGUUCAUUGAUGACAGAAUUCUGCAGUGCAUAAAGCAGUAUGCUGAUAAGAUUAAAUCUGGUAUACUGAACCCUUCCAAGCUUCUCAAAGAAUUGCUUUCUUGGAAAGUUCUGAGCACAGAAGACUAUACAACCUGUUUUUCUAGCAGAAAUUUCCUCAGUGAAGCAGUGGACUAUGUCAUUCGUCACUUGAUUCAAGAAAAGAAUAGAGUAAAGACAAGGAUAUUUCUUCAUGUUUUGAGUGAGCUUAAAGAAGUGGAACCCAAAUUAGCUACCUGGAUCCAGAAACUUAAUAGCUUUGGCUUAGAUGCCACAGGACCUUUUUUUUCUCGAUAUGCAGCAUCUCUUAAGGAGCUUGAUUUUAGCAUCAUGACUUUCCUCUGGAGUGAGAAAUACGGUCAUAAACUAGACUCUAUAGAAGGAAAGCAACUUGAUUACUUCUGUGAGCCAACGUCAUUAAAGGAAGCACGAUGUUUAAUAUGGCUGCUGGAAGAGCACAGAGACAAGUUCCCAGCACUGCACAGUGCUUUGGAUGAGUUCUUUGAUAUAAUGGACAGCCGCUGUACUGUAUUAAGGAAACAAGAUAGUGGUGAAGCUCCGUUUAGUUCUACCAAGGUGAAAAACAAAGGCAAGAAAAAGAAGCCAAAAGAUACAAAGCCAAUGUUAGUUGGAUCUGGAACAACUACAGUAACACCAAAUAAUGAGACUAUCACUUCAGGUGAAGACUAUCACAGACGCAAUUCAGAUUCUGCAGGCCCGUUUGCUGUGCCUGACCAUCUUCGGCAAGAUGUAGAAGAAUUUGAAGCUCUCUAUGACCAACACAGUAAUGAAUAUGUUGUCCGCAAUAAGAAAAUAUGGGAUAUUAACCCAAAACAAAAAUGCUCAACUCUGUAUGAUUAUUUCUCUCAGUUGUUGGAGGAACAUGGUCCCUUGGAUAUGAGUAACAAGAUGUUCUCUGAAGAAUAUGAGUUUUUCCCAGAAGAAACUCGACAGAUACUAGAAAAAGCAGGAGGUUUAAAGUCUUUUCUCCUGGGAUGUCCUCGUUUUGUUGUGAUUGAUAACUGUAUUGCAUUAAAAAAAGUUGCAUUACGACUCAAGAAAAAAAGAAAGAAGAAAAACAUUAAAACAAAAGUGGAAGAGAUUUCAAAAACCGGGGAGUAUUUACGAGUCAAACUACCACUGAAUCCAACUGCUAGGGAAUUUAAACCAGAUGUGAAGUCCAAACCAGCAUCUGAUUUAUCUUCCGCACCAGUUUCUGAGGAUGUGAAGCCCAAACCUACGUCUGCUGAUCCUCCCAAACCAACUUGUGAAGACGUGACACCCAAACCAGUACCUGAGAGUUACUCUAGUCCAGUCUCUGAGGAUGGGAAACCCACAGGGGUCUCUUCUGAUCCUCCCCUGUCAGUCUCUGAGGAUGUAAAUCACAAGCAAGUCUCUUCUCAUUCUCUCAAACCAGUUCCUGAGGAUGGGAAAUCAACCUAUUGGACUCAGUCCCAUUUGGUCACAGGAUACUGUACAUAUCUUCCUUUUCAGGGAUUUGACAUCACCCAGACACCACCAGCAUAUAUAAAUGUCUUACCAAGUUUGCCCCAGUACACCAGCAUUUACACAUCUUUGGCCAACAUUUCUUCUGAAUAUCAGCUGCAGAGAUCAAUACCAGUGGUGCCAUCUCUUGUAGCCAGUGACAAAGCAGAUAAAAACACCACUGCCUAUUUUGAGGAUCAUAAUUUGAGUGCUAAGAAUGCUGCUGGUAACCAGAUUGUCUCUGAAACACAGAUCCUUGAGGACUCUUUGGAAGCAUCUGUAAAGUCACAGAGCAGCCUGGGUGAUGCUGAUACUGUCCCAAGUGAGUCUCACAGAAACGAUGGUCUCUGUGGGAACUCUAACAACAGAUGUGAAGUCAGUCCAGAAAGGACCAACGCGGUAACAAAUAUUCCACAUACGCAGAUGGUUGCCAUGCAGGUGUCUUGGAACAUAACACACCAAGAAGUCAAUACUGAGCCAUAUGAUCCUUUUGAGGUACAACAGGGGGAUAUUUCACAGAUUGAAAAGGAGUACCAAGCAUUACAAGAGCAGCUUAAGGAAGCAUGUGAAAAUUAUGAGCAGAUAAAAUGCAAGAGCUUGGAAGAAACCAGAGACCUGGAAGAAAAGUUGAAAAGGAACUUAGAAGAAAACAAGAUCUCAAAGACAGAAUUAGAUUGGUUCCUUCAAGAUUUGGAAAGAGAAAUUAAAAAAUGGCAACAAGAGAAAAAAGAAAUCCAAGAAAGAUUAAAAGCACUGAAGAAGAAAAUUAAAAAGGUUUUAAAUACAAGUGAAAUGUCUGCCCUGAAAAAUGAUGGGAUGGAUAACAAACCUGAAUUACAUCCGGAUCUGUCCCUUGAAAUCAGUAAUACGUUUACAAAUGAGAAGAUGAAAAUAGAAGAAUGUAUAAAGAAAGGGAAAGAGCAUUUCGAAGAGAGUCAUCAAAGAGCUGUGACUGCAGAGGUGUCCGUGCUUGAAAACUGGAAGGAGAGCGAAGUGUUUAAGUUACAGGUCAUGGCAUCACAAGCAGAAGCCUGUCUUAAGAACCUCAAGCUGACAAGCAGUGAUUCCACAGAAUAUCCCAACAUGGAGUCUGAUAUCCGUUCUUGGGAAUCAUUUCUUUCUAAUGUUACAAAAGAAAUUGAGAAAGCAAAAUCUCAGUUUGAAGAUCAAAUUAAGGCCAUUAAGAAUGGUUCUCGGCUCAGUGAGCUUUCUAAAGUGCAGAUUUCUGAACUUUCAUUUCCUGCCUGUAACAGCAUUCAUCCUGAGUUUCCCACUGAACCUGCAAGCCAGGAUGAUCAAGGGCCUGGGACAGUUGUAAACAGUGCAACUGGAGCAGUUAGGGACUUUGUUCUGUUCUCCCCUGGUGAUUGCCCAGAAACGUCUCCUGAACCAUCACCUGGAUUGCCCUCUGGUCAAACUGAAGUUGCUCAGCCAUCAGAGCAUACAAGGACCAGCCAGACAAUUCCAUCGGAACAAAGCCCUGAGGCAGAUCAGAAACUACCUGUUCCUGCAGAACGUGCUACUCGUUCAAGCCAGUCUCCAAAAAAGCCAUUCAACAGUAUUAUUGAGCACCUGUCUGUGAUAUUCCCAUGGUACAGCAGCACCGAGCUUGCUGGCUUUAUUAAAAAGGUUCGAAACAAAAACAAAAACUUACUCUCGGGAUUGAGUAUUGAUGAAAUCGUCCAAAGAGUGACAGAUCGCAUUGUAGAAGAAGAGAAAAGGAGAAAGCCAAACCCAGGAAAGGGCAAGAGUACAUCUGAGGCCAGCUCUGCUGCUUCUGUGAGCCAGUCCUCCCAGGGCCCACUCUCAAUGAUUGUUGGACCAUCGCUGAAAACCAAAGGGCAGAAAACAGAAGAUGUCCCCAUGAGUGUCGUACUAGAUGCAGAUUCCUGUGAAAUAUGCCAUGAGGUGUUCAAAUCAAAAAAUGUGCGUGUGCUAAAAUGUGGUCACAAGUUUCACAAAGGGUGCUUUAAGCAGUGGCUUAAAGGACAGAGUGUUUGCCCUGCCUGUCGUGAUGGUGACCUGUCAGAAGAGUAGCCUGUGUCUGCCUUCCAGGACUGGCCAGCUGGGACCGCCUUCCUGUGGCUCUAGGUAGUCACUCUUCACUAAAGCGUCACUCUCCCAACACACUGAGUUGAAAUAAUGAUAAUCCCUACCUUCAGUAUGAAAAGAAAACCUCUGAAGAAUCUCUGGCAUUCUGUGUCCCACAAAGCUAAUCAGUGGAAAUCUUUAAUUCAGUUGCUAUUAGGUAAUUUCCCCACUCUGAUUAAACACUUCAGUGACAGCCAACUAGUGGCUUAUGAAACGAUGUGUCUUUGCAUUCUUCCAUUGUUAGGGCUGGUGUGGAGGAGCUCUGUGAGACGGGGGCUUCUUUUGGGAAGAAUUGUGAGCACCUCAGAGCAGUUUAAAUAUAAGAAUUCUUAACCUAGUUAAGUGCCCAGAUUCCCCUUUUAUGUUUGAAAUGUAUUUUCUAGUAGCUCUACAAGAGAGAUGAUACUGACCUUUAAAAUUUUUUAUAAGAUUCGGUAUUCUGAAAAUAUGCCUACAUUUUCCUUCAAAGAUGCUACAUUUUAAAAAUGGGCUUAAACAAGUCACAUUUUAAUAAUUUGUACUUAAUGUUAAAAAUCGGCUGAUAUGGACCAAAAAGAUUCACAUUUCCUCUUUAUGAAAUCUCAUAUGCUUUUGAUUUUUCUUUUUAUUAGUUUUCCCAUGUAUUUUCUCCCUCCAUAUGAUAGUAGGGAUUGAAUCCUGGGCCUCACAAAUGCUAGGCAAGCACACUCUCUACCACUGGGCCACAUCCCCAACCACUCCAUAGUUUUUUUUUUUUUUUAAUCUUUUAAAGAUAGAAUCUGAUUUUUGAAAAUUCAAUUACAAAACGCUUUUUUAUUAGUUAUCAGCCAAGACUUUCUUACCCCUAAAAUCAAGGCCAUGUAUUCAAUGUAUCAACCCCACAUUGAACUCGUUCUUAGAAUAUGCUGCUGUUGUCAUUAGCAGUACUUGGCUUUCUUUGUGAGUCAGUCAGCAAGUGCUUGGAUGUCUACAUAGCUCGGUGCUGAGCACACACGGGCGCUUUGUAGACUAGUCACCAUCGUUCUCUUUCCUUACCCACCCCAAAAGAGAAACUUGUGUAAUUAGGCAAUCCUGCGGUGUCUGUGUUAAAACUGUCUUGUGUUUGACAUUCGUGUAGAGUAAUGCAUGCAAUCUUGUACUGUGGCCUAAGAACAAAACUGUAACUGCAUUAGGAACUACUUAGAUCUUUUAGUGACCUAUGGACAGUGGUACAUUCGGAAACAUGAAUCCUGGACACAUUCCACUUCUCAAACAUAAGGGAUCAAAAAGUGACUUUCAGUGUGUUCUUCGUUCUACUGUAAACUCAGUCAUGAGUCUGGGCAGAUUAGGUCACCUUCCUCUGCCUGUGCUCCAUGUGAGUUGUGAUGUCUUAGUGACGUAGUCCAUGUAAGCCCCCUCCUAACUCUGAAGCAUUCUCCAUGGUGGUCCGUAAAACACUUCGUAUUCACAGUUGAGAGCUGCACAUAUUAAAAUAUACAGGGGUCAGUUUGUAGCAGCUGGUACAAAGGAGAAGAGCAGCUAUAGAGUGAGAGAAUGUAUUCUGUCCUUAACUUCAGAGCCUCGUGAUCACGCCAUACAUCUGUCCAUUAACUGUCAAUAAAGAGCAUCCUAAAAGACCA